AUGCUGAAGGAGUUUGUCCAGGCGUCCGUCACCAGCCGCGAAGGCGACUCGGUCACUGAAACUAAGGAUCAAAUCAUCCAGGCUAACCCAGCUCUGGAGGCAUUUGGUAAUGACAAGACCAUUAGAAAUGACAACUCCUCAAGAUUUGGUAAAUUUAUCAGGAUUAAUUUUGACACUAGAGGAAAACUCACUUCUGCUAAAAUUGAGACAUGUCCAAAGAAAUCUUGUGUCACUUUUGAGCUGAAGGCUGAGAGAGACUACCACGUCUUCUAUCAGAUCUUGUCAAACAAGAAACCUGAAUUACUGGAGACGCUGCUGGUGACAGCUAAUCCAUAUGACUACCUUCAUCUCCCAGGGGGAGACAAGUGUUGUCUAUUGAUGACGCUGAUGUUGGGAACAGAUAGUGCUUUUGAUUUGCUGGGCUUUACUGUGGAGAAGAAAAACUCAGUGUAUAAGCUGACUGGUGCUAUCAUGCACUAUGGCAAUAUGAGGUUCAAGCAGAAACAGUGCGAGGAGCAGGCAGAGGCUGACGGAACGGAAUGUGCUGACAAAGUAUCAUAUCUUAUGGGCCUGAACUCUGCUGACCUCAUAAAGGGUCUCUGUCACCCACAGGUAAAAGUAGGGAAUGAGUGUGUCAAAGGGAAAACUGUCCAAGAGGAUUAA